ACUGAAAUUGUAGGGCUUUACCCUAAAGGGAGCCCUUCCAGAAAUUCUCGAAGACUUAGGACAAGCCCAAGUCUAAGAGGGGGUUUGGAAAUAGUUUUCAACCAGCAAUAGACGCGCCUCGGUUAGAACCUCAUAAGCUGCGUCAUUGCCCCAAGCGCAAAGAUGCUUUUCACAAUCAGUGGAUGCUGCAUUAUAUAAGAGCUUCCAUCACUUUGGUUUGUUUCUUUUGUCAAUGUGGGACUUCAUCCAAUACAAAACAAAGGUUUAUUUUUUCAACUAAUGUGGGACUUCAAAUGAUAGUUCUGUUGAAGCUUUAGCUGGCCUCUGAAUAGCACAGUAGUGUGGCUUUGAUAUCUUAAGUAUAUUAUGAGACUUUUGAAGUAUCCAACUACAGCUACUACAAAAAUUAAACUCAUUCACAAACU